AUGGAGGCUGAGGUGGCCAUCGAGCAACAGGUGGACAUUGCAGGUGACGGGGGUGACGACAUUGACGGCGACAAUGACGAUGACGAUGACAGUGACAGUUACGACAGCGAUGACUGGUUAUCCUUUGACGGUGUGGAUUCUGGUUACAGCUCCAUGUCUGAGGAGGAGGAGGACGCGGUCGUCAGACCCGACUCCCCCCUUGAACAGGAGUUCCCACCAGAUGACUUCUGGCAGAGGUGGAACCAGUUGUCUCCUCCAGUCCCUGCUGGUUCACCUGUUGCUCCGCCUUACAGUCCUGUACCUCUGCCUCCGAGUCCUCUUGCUGGUCCUCCGGGCACAUCUUCUGAAGCUCAGGGUUCAGAAGAGUGUGCCCCCUCAACAUCAGGGCUGGUCUCCUCCUCAAAGAGAAGCAUGGAGGAGGACAGCCCUGAGCAGGUAAGUGCAAAGAGGCAGAAGACGAGUGACGAAGAGAGCCCUGAUGAACCAACGCCCUCAACAUCAGGGCUCAGCUCCAGCACAAACAGAAGUCUCUGCUACAGGACGUUCCUGCUCUCAAGGUGGACUGAGGACAGUGACUCGGACUGA